ACACACAAAGAAGGAGUUCUCCCUCCUCAGGAAACCCUGCAAGCUCGGAUCGCUACUACAAGACUAUUUGUCUCAGUGGAUUAUCCUCACUGUCAGGUAAGAACUAUAUUUUUUUUUUCCUCCCUCAACAACAACAACAAGAAAAGAUGCAGGGGAGGUGAAGUAAAAUGCUACUAAAUCUGGAUAGUUUUGAAGAGGUUGGAGUAGCUCUUGGCAUCAGCUACAGUUUACAACAUAAGAUCCAGAACUAGCUGGUUCUGCGUGUGAAGUGGGAAGAUGAGCUAUCAGGGGAUAAACUUCCCGGCAGCAAAACACUUGCUGGAGUUUGGAGAUGAUGCAUGCGAUAGCCAGCUCCCUCUAAUCUCAUGGGUUUGCUAAAUCCUAGUGCAAGCCGCUGGGGGUACUCUGGAAAUACUGUUUGCAGCUGCCUCUGCAAAGAAAACUCGACAAACGUAAACUUUGGAGGCUUUGUUAUUUACUCAUUGAUAAGGUGCUGAGCAAAUAUUAGCUUUUGGUUCAUACCGCCCACAAAGUCCCCGGUAGCCUGGGGGCUCUGAGCGAAGGAGCUCCCUGAAAUUGCCAGAAAUAAAGGACAGACUUUACUUGACUUUUAUUAGCAACCAUGCUUACAGUUCCUCCCUUUUCCCUUCACCAGGAGCCCAGCCGGAAUGAAACUAGUUCACGUAGCCCUGCUCUAUCUCGGCUCUGUGACCUUCUUCGGGGUGGAUGCUGCGAGGGUGGAUGCUGCGAGGGUGGAUGUAGCGACAGAGUUCAAAAGAAAAUGGACGAAAUGGGCACUGAGCCGAGCCAAGCGGGACGUGAAGCCUUCGGGCGCGCUCCGAGGACUUGGGGUAGCCGCUGGCGUGCAGCCGCUCAUACGGACCCAGGACGUGAAGGAGGAUCCCCGAGUCUCGCAUCCCAGCAGCCGGGAGGAUGCUCACAUCCGCGUCAAGCGCUACCGUCAGAGCUUCAACAGCUUCCCCCACUUCCAAGGCAUCCGCACGGGCUGCCGGUUCGGGACGUGCACGGUGCAGACGCUGGCCCACCAGAUCUACCAGCUGACCGACAAGGAUAAGGACGACACUGCCCCCCCAAGCAAGAUCAGCCCCCAGGGCUACGGCCGCAGACGGCGCUCCUUGUCCGACCGCCGCAGUCCGCUGAGAGCCCCCCGGGCUGGGCGGCGCCCCCGGAGGCGGCGGGCGCAGGCCCUCGACCGCGUCCUCGGAGUGUGAAAGCCGCGCUACACGGCCGAGGCCGUCUCAGAUGGAUGAACUGAGGCACGGAGGUUUUGGAGGUCCGCAGCCGCUUGGACCCGCCGCUAGGAUUCGUGGAGCGCGCCCUUCUUGGCCCAGGGGUGGCGGAGUGGUGGGACGCGCUGCCGGUGCCGCGGAUGCCGUCCGCGCCCGGCGCGGGGGAGCUGUGAAGGCUGUGUCCCGCUGGGG